GAAGAUGAGGAUGAGAAGAAGGAUGAGAAGAAGGAGAAGGAUGAAAGAAGGAAAGUUCAUGACACGGUUAAAACAGCUGUAUGCAGUGAAUGUCCCAGAACUGUCAUAAAUAGUCUAUUUCUGAUAGAUCUGGGACAUUCACUCCAUACAGCUGUUUUAACCGCUGUAUGGAGGGAAUGUCAUGGAACUGUCAGAAAUAGACUAUUAAUGACAGUUCUGGGACUGUCCUUCCAUGCAGCGGUUGAAACAUUGUAUGUAUUUGUGUUUCCAUAAAUGGAUCCAUUUAUGGAAACAAAUACAUACAAUGUUUCAACCGCUGCAUGGAAGGACAGUCCCAGA